AACAAGUCCUUCCAAUCUCUAUAUAAGUUAGUGUUCAGAAGAAACUCCGUAUUUAUAGGAUCCAUUUUCCUCGGUGCAUUAGUCUUCCAAACUACAUUUGAUGUCGGUAUCAAUAAGUUUUGGAGCACAUACAAUAAAGGUAAAUUAUGGGAUGAUGUUAAAUAUAAAUUAGAAAAUGGUGAUACAGAGGAAGAAUAA